AUGGUGCCUGUAGGCGACUUUUGGGUCAAAGCAAUACUAUCAUCAACAAAUCCCAGUCCAGUUCCAUCAACAACAUCAACAGUCUCCAAUGAUGAGAACUUGGACAAAGGAUUCGAUUUCGAUUGCUCAACACAAACUUCUUUCCAACCAUUGCCAAUGUUCUGGAAUCCGUCUCUGGUUCAACAGAUGUUAGCUUUGUAUCAAAUCCAGCAGCAGCAACUUCAGUUCAGCUCGAAGUUUUGUACGCCGACGUUGUUCUCGGAACCCAUGAAAGAUCUGUCAACACUAUCUCGUAAACGUCAAAUGGCUCCAGAACCAAAGAAAUCCAAGAUUCGGAAGCUCAAUGAGGAUACCGUUACCAAUUCUCCAGUGAGCGGAAUGUUCAUAAAGGAGGAGGGUGAUGUGAAAUCCGUGGAGGAGCUCCAGAAGGAAGCUGAUAUGUUGGAUGAGACAGCAGCAUAUGUUGAGGUGACUGAAGAGUCAAGACAAAAGAUCGAUGAGAUUCCGAAUGUCAUCGGAGACUGUAUCUGCCGGCUGUGCAAGGUGAAAUACGAUGAUGUGUUCAAGCUGGCACAACACAAAUGUCCAAGAAUUGCGCAUGAGGAAUACAAAUGUCCCGAUUGUGACAAGGUGUUCUCGUGUCCGGCCAAUUUGGCAUCGCACCGUCGUUGGCACAAACCUCGUAAUGAAUUUGGAUCCACUUCUCCACCGUCACAGUCUUCUCCAACCAUCGUCUCCUGUACCACCUGCUUCAACUCUUUCCCAUCGAAGAAGAUGCUCAAACUCCACGCAACCACAUGUCAACGAUCUCCACUUCAAGAUCUUCUCUCAAGAGUCAUCCCCACCAUGUAA